AUGCAUUCCCAUUUUCCUCAUCUAGGAAUACUACCCUUCGUGCUAUUGGUAUGCCUGAACUUCACAUGUUUGGGAUCUCUUCGACUAAGUAGACGGUCAGGAGGCCAUGAGAGAGAGUACGAGGCACCUGAGAUCAGCAUACGCUCUGUCUCACCGCACUGGCUCAACAUUCAAUGCACCAUUCCCAAGAGCUCUUCCGAGUUCAAGGUCUUUGUCACCUGUCCCGCCCUUCCAUCUCCCUGCUACGAGAAUUGCCUCCCCACCCAAUCCUGCUCGGAGUUCAGCUCUGUGAACGCAGAAUGCUUGCCUGACAGAACCGCAGUCAACUGCACAGAACUGGUGAAUUCAGAUGGAAGCAAGUUGACGAGCCUCUGGAUCGAUAAACGCAGCCCACGGCUUCACGGCUCUUGGGUUUGCACAAGCCUUGGCGUGAAGAGUACUGUUGCCAAUGUAGUACCGGAACUGGAAGAAACACCAGUCGUUCCUCCAGUUCUGGAGGUGCUGGAAGAGUCACCGUCCCUUGGCAAUGCUAAGACUGUGCAACCGGAUAAUUUGAAGAACACAGUCGGGCAGAUGGAGGAGAAUGGAAAACCUCCAUUUUAUCCUAUUACAUCACAUCUUUCACGAACUCCCUGGAUAUUUUGCCUGAUUGCAAUUUUCAUUAUCUCCGUUACGGUGAACAUUAUUUUGUGGUGUAGAUGGUGCCUCGUAUGCUUCUUUACGGCGCGUCGAAGAAAGUAUAAUGAGGACCAAAAAACUCUCGGCGAUAUGAUAUGUCUUCCCACGCAAAUGAGUCGAACUCAGUCAGGGCUCUGGGAGAACGACGUCUUUUCCAGUCCUCUCAUCGAUGACCCGGGGGAGCCCUGCUACCUCAAGGAAAACUUAAGCAAAUUUCAACGUUUUGGAACGUUUGGUCCGAGCAACUUUGCAUACGAACAGUCUCAGCUACAAAAUCAGACUGACCUCACCGAAAUGGCAUUUCCCGAUUAUUUCAAUACACUGCAGCCUUGCCAGCUGUGGAGGACCCGGAGUGCUGUCGCAACAUUUUCGCCCGGAAAUCUCUCUCUCACCGGUGGCCAUUCUCAAAGCGAUACAGGCUCUCUCAACCAGGUGACUUCCCAAAGCAAUUUUCCACCACCUCCACCACCGCCGCCACUUCCACCUAAUCAAUCACUGCAUGGAACAAAGGAACCAAAACAACCUCUGCGAAUUAGCACGAAUCCGGCUCUUGGAAUCGCCACAGUUUACGACGACGUGGCUAGUAGCUCUACAAUAGCAGUGGUUUCAAAAGAUGCAAAAAAACCAAGUAUGCAGUUGGAACCGCACUUGCCCAGCUUGAUCGUUGCACGAAUAUUAGCUCGCGAAAAUCCCAGUAUAUUCGAAGCCUUGUUUGCGGAUCCAGUUGGAUCAAAGUUUGGCCCUGAUAUUGCUGAUUUCGCCUUUUAUAAAAAUGCGUUCUCGCUGAAACAGAAUGUCUUAUUUGAUACAAUUUUAGUUCAUAUUUUUCCAUCUUAUGUUGAUGGUAAAAAAACGGGGGGGCUGGAGGGCAAAUGCAUUUUCAUCGAUACGGAUUCCUCCUUCCCCCUCUUGGCAUUCGUCUCAUUCAUUGAAAAUUUCUUGUCUACGCGCUACCCAUCGACUCCCCAUUCGAAUAUGGUCGACGAAAUUUUGAGUCGAUUGUAUGUGGUGAACGCGCGCACCACCGUCGAAUGCAUCCUCGCCUUGCUGACCCUACGCGAUAUAAUAAAGUUCGACAGGAAAUACCUAUUGGUUGUCGGUUCCAUAUCUGCUCGUUUUGGACUGUUUCCAAAAAAAGAGAUCGCAAUAGCCGAGCUGUUGUUCUUUGAUUUUCUGAAGUACAUUGUCGACACUUUCCACAUCCAGUGCAUAUGUAUCCGCAUGCUUCCCUCGACCAAGGUGGAUUUUCUUUCUCGUUAA